UCACUUCACAACUCCCAUUACUCUCUCUCUCUCUCUCUCUCUAUUCUAUGACGACGACUACGACGGCGGCGUUCGGAGCUGCGACGACGGCGGUGCUCGGGGAGCCCAAGGUGGAGAUUGGAAGGUACCAGGGGCUGAGGUCAGCCAACUCGCUCGCUCUCACCGGAGGAGGAAGACACGUCGGCCUCUUCCCGGCGGCUUCCUCUCGGAGCUCCUCGCUCAUUCGAGCCGUCGCUACGCCUGCAAAGCCUGAGACUACGACAAAGCGGAGCAAAGUUGAGAUAUUCAAAGAACAGAGCAACUUUAUUAGAUACCCACUUAAUGAGGAGAUUUUGACGGAUGCCCCCAAUGUAAAUGAAGCCGCUACCCAACUCAUCAAGUUUCACGGGAGUUAUCAACAGUACAACCGGGAUGAACGUGGUGGAAGGUCUUAUUCAUUUAUGCUUCGUACUAAGAAUCCUUGUGGGAAAGUGUCAAACCAGCUGUACUUGACAAUGGAUGAUCUUGCCGAUCAGUUUGGAAUUGGGACCCUUCGUUUGACCACCAGACAAACAUUUCAGCUUCAUGGUGUUCUGAAGAAGGACCUUAAGACAGUUAUGGGCAGCAUCAUUAGAGUCAUGGGUUCAACUCUUGGUGCCUGUGGUGAUCUUAAUAGGAACGUACUUGCUCCUGCUGCUCCACUUGUAAGAAAAGAUUAUAUUUUCGCACAACAGACAGCAGAGAACAUUGCAUCCCUGUUGACUCCUCAAUCUGGUUUUUACUAUGAUGUCUGGGUGGAUGGAGAACAGUUCCUGACAGCAGAACCUCCUGAAGUAACCAAGGCCAGAAAUGAUAACUCUAAUGGAAAAACCUUCACUGAUUCCCCCGAGCCCAUCUAUGGAACUCAGUUCUUGCCCAGGAAGUUCAAAAUUGCAGUCACUGUGCCAACAGAUAACUCGGUGGAUAUUCUCACAAAUGAUAUUGGCGUUGUGGUUGUUACUGAUGAUAAUGGGGAGCCACAAGGAUUCAACAUCUAUGUUGGUGGUGGUAUGGGAAGGACACAUAGGAUGGAGACAACAUUUGCCCGUCUAGCUGAACCAUUGGGUUAUGUCCCUAAAGAGGAUAUCCUAAAAGCAAUUAAGUCUAUUGUAGAAGUACAACGAGAUUUUGGCAGAAGAGAUGAUCGUAGGUAUAGUAGAAUGAAAUAUUUGAUCAGUGAAUGGGGAAUUGAAAAGUUCAGAAAAGAACUUGAAGACAAUUAUUACCAGAAGAAAUUUGAGCCAUUCCGUAAGUUGCCAGAGUGGGAGUUUAAAAGUUACUUGGGAUGGCAUGAGCAGGGUGAUGGCAGUUUAUACUGUGGGCUUCAUGUCGAUAAUGGGCGUAUUGGGGGAAAGAUGAAGACGGCAUUACGAGAGGUUAUAUCAAAGUAUAAUUUGAGUAUAAGGCUCACACCCAACCAGAAUAUUAUAUUGUGUGAUAUUCGCAAUGCAUGGAAACGUCCCAUCACCACAACUCUUGCACAGGCCGGUCUGCUGCAUCCGAGGUAUGUAGACCCCCUUAACCAAACUGCGAUGGCAUGUCCAGCCUUCCCUCUGUGCCCAUUGGCAAUAACUGAGGCUGAACGCGGAAUACCUGACAUUCUUAAACGAGUUCGAGCAGUAUUUGAGAAGGUUGGUCUAAAGUACAAUGAAUCUGUUGUUAUAAGGGUGACUGGCUGCCCCAACGGUUGUGCUAGGCCAUACAUGGCUGAACUUGGACUAGUGGGUGAUGGUCCCAAUAGCUAUCAGAUAUGGCUUGGAGGAACUCCCAAUCAAACUUCAAUAGCAAAAAGCUUCAUGAACAAGGUCAAGAUUCAAGACCUGGAAAAAGUUUUUGAACCUUUGUUUUAUCAUUGGAAACGAAAGCGACAAGCUAAAGAAUCAUUCGGCGACUUCACAAUACGUAUGGGAUUUGAGAAACUUCAAGAGUUGGUUGACAAAUGGGAAGGUCCAGAGGUUGCACCGACACGUUACAACUUGAAGCUUUUUGCUGAUAAGGAGACGUAUGAAGCAGUUGAUCAACUUGCAAAGUUGCAGGACAAGACUGCUCAUCAGUUAGCCAUGGAUGUUAUCCGCAAUUUUGUUGCUUCCCAGCAAAAUGGGAAAAGUGAAUGAAUAUGCCAUGGAAACUGUUCUGGAAUGUUGCUUCCGGGCUAGGUAGCUCACGCGCCAAUGAGGAGGAACGGAACAAUGUCUUUGUUCUCCCCAAGCUGUUACUAUCGGUAACAGUAGGAACAAAUGGGAUACUAGAUUUGGUAUUGUUUUGUAUCAAAGUUUUGAAGCUUCUCUAACUUUUAUUUUGUACAAGUAUGGAUUGUGUAUCCUAGUUUUGGGUUUGAACUUGUGCUCACUUGUUUAUUAGCAUUUACCGAUAAAAGUAUCCCAGUUUAUCUUGGA